AUGCCGUCGGAUAAGCCUCGACUCUAUCUUGCCCUCUACGCUCGGGGAGGCGACGGGUACCACUGGGCCCUGCUCGUUGGGCCUAAACAUGAGGACCAAAAUACUAGAGCGACGCGGUAUCAUGCCAAGCAGCACCUGACGAAAUGGCAGUAUAACGAGGUCAAUAUUAGUACCGCGGCCACUAAUAUGAUCCUUAUCCGAAUUUUUGCCGCCAAGGUCCAGAACAUGGACCGCGUCGAGUCAAUUAUGCGAAGUGUGCCUGUACGCCCGAAUGUGCCUGGCUGGACAUGCCGGUCGUGGGUCACGGAAGCGUACGAAAAGCUCAGAAGUGAUGGCAAGGCCCUCAGCACAUGCCCCGACUGGGAGACCUUAAGCGAACGUGCGCUUUGGUAUGUGCGCAAUAAGAUGGAGGAGCAUCGUUUCGACGGGAAAGCACCCGGUGAUCAGUUUAGCACCUGGGAGGUGGCCACGUACAGCAUCGCUGACGGACGGGAAAUCAUUCCCUAG